AUGAGAGGAUCAGCAAAAAAAGCUCGACACAAUAAAGUUUACACUGCCAAAGGUCCGAGAGACAGAAGGGUUCGGUUGUCUGCAGAUAUUGCUAUCCAAUUCUAUGAUGUCCAAGAUCGACUUGGCUAUGAACGUGCUACUGAGGCAGUUGAUUGGCUCAUGAGUAAGGCACGAGGUUCAAUCGAUAAACUCUUUGAGACCUCUUCCCAACAGUUAGAACACCUUACUAACUUAGGUGCUCAAAACAGCAACACUUUCCACGGUGAUUAUCUUGUAGAAAGUAGUAUGUCAGGUAGAGAAGACUAUGGAGUGGCCAGUUUCCACCACAAUUGUACUACGGAUGGUUCGAUGUUCUUCCCAUGCUAUCAUAUGGAAAAUGGGUCACAAGAUCAAUGUAAUGCUGAUCAUUCAAGUUUCUCAGCAAGCCCCUGCUUACGGUGCUUAGAACGUAGCAGGAUCUCUUAUUUUCAGCAGAUAGAUGAUGGUAAGGGUCAGAUUCCAAGGAUGUUUAUGUUCAACUCCAAAUUGAGUUUGAAGAACGAAGAGCACCCAUUUCUGUCAAAUUCCGUACCAUUGUUUCUGCAGCCUUCAGAAAUCAAGCAUUAUAACGAUCUAUCUUCGGUUCAUAUACCAAGUGAUCCUGAUCUCAGUCUUUGCCUUCCUGCCAACUGCUUAUCAAGCUUCCAUGAUUCUGAACAGUAUACCACUAUCUGA